AUGAGCUGUAGUAUUAAGCAGACAACUGGCUCUCUCAGGGGCAGGACCAGCGGCGGCAGCUGUGUGAUCGGUGGUGGUGGUGGUGGCGGAGCGCGCAUCUCCUCGGUCUCCUCUGGAAGAUACACGGCCUGCGGGAUAGGCGGGAGCCGAGGGUUUUCUGGGAGAAGCUACUGCGGUGGUGUGAAUUACGGAGGAGGACUGAGCACCGGCAGUUUGGUCGGUGGAAACUACGGAGGCGGCUUAGGAGCCGCUGUCCUCGGAGGAUGUCCAGGCAUGGGAUUCAGCGGUGGCAGUGCUCGCUUUGGCGGUGGCAUGGGAGGUGGCAUGGGUAUGGGUCUUGGUGGAGGUGGUUUUGCUGGUGAUGGCAUUCUUCUUUCUGGUGAUGAGAAAGUCACCAUGCAAAACCUGAAUGACCGCCUGGCUUCUUACCUGGACAAGGUGAGGUGCCUGGAACAAGAGAAUGCCGACCUGGAGUGCAGGAUCAGGGAGUGGUAUGCCAAGCAGGGCCCUUUUUGUGAGCCACGGGACUACAGCUGCUAUUACAAAGAAAUAGAAGAUCUUCAGAACCAGAUUGUCUGUGCAACCAUAGACAACAACAAGAUCAUUCUGAACAUCGAUAACAGCAGGAUGACAGCCGACGACUUCCGAGUGAAGUACGAGACGGAGCUGGCGCUGCGCCAGAGCGUGGAGGCCGACAUCAACGGGCUGCGCCAGGUGCUGGACCAGCUGACGCUGUGCAGGUCUGACCUGGAGGCGCAGCUGGAGUCGCUGCGGGAGGAGCUCUGCUGCCUGAAGAAGAACCAUGAGGAGGAAAUGUGCUGUCUGAGGAAGCAAUCGACUGGAGAUGUGAGCGUGGAGGUCAAUGCCUGCCCUGGCCCAGACCUGAGGAAGAUCCUGGAGGAGAUGAGGUGCCAGUAUGAGACGCUGAUUGAACGCAACCGCAAAGAAGUUGAGGAUUGGUACGAGUGCAAGAUUGAGGAGGUGAAUCGGGAGGUUAUUACGAGUGGUCAGGAGGUGGAGACGUGCAACAACCAGGUGACUGAACUGAGACGCCAAUUGCAAGCCCUGGAAAUCGAUCUCCAAGCUCAGCUCAGCCAGAGGGACAAUCUGGAGUCCUCGCUGGCGGAGACGGAGUGUCGCUACAACAACCACCUUGCUGAGCUGCAGAGCCAGAUCACCUGCGUGGAGCAGCAGCUGGCUGACCUGCGGGCAGAGAUGGAGUGCCAGAACCAAGAGUACAAGAUCCUGCUGGACGUCAAGUGCCGCCUGGAGCAGGAGAUCCACACGUACCGCUGCCUGCUGGAGGGUGGCCAGCAGGACCUUAUUCAGCAGGGAGGAAUUGGUCAGUCUUCAGGUUUAGGAGGAGGAGUUGCAAGAAGCAGUGGGAUAGGAGGAGGAGGCAUCAUUAGGACAAGCCACACUUACACUUCGUCUGCCCAGAUCCCAUCCUGUGCAGCUGCGGAGAUCCAAGGUAAGAAUUGUUCAACUCUAAACAUUUCCCCAGUCUUCUCUGCUCUAAUGCAACUCUGAUGGGAUGGAAGAAAGAUCUUUCCCACGUAGCUUACAGGUGCUACUUGAAAGUUUUAUUGUGGGGCCCUUGGGAAAUACAGGACAGGAGCCACAGAGGAGUGGCUGAGAGGAGCAUGGACUGUGCUGGAACGCAUGAGAAUUGCCAAAGGGAAGAGGGAUAGAAGGGAGAGGGACACAGCCAGCAGGCAGGCAAGCCAUGGAGAACACGGAGAAAGGAUUGGCAUGAAAUGUGGGACACAGGAAAGUGCAGGAGAAAGAAAAGUACUCAAAAAUCAGGUGGGGGGAAAAAAAAAAAGCAGGAGUCAUGGGAAUACUGGCAGAUAACUACCAGUCCUAAUUCAAGGGGAAACUUCCAGCCAAACUGAAAAGGAAAGAAGGAAAUACAGUGACAGUUGGUCCAGGAGAAUGAAGUGAGCAGGGGCACUGAUCUGGCAUGGACCCCAGUGCCAUUCCCUCAUCCAGAUCGCUGCUGGAGCAGUGUCUGCAGCUUCCACCUUUUGGCAUUUUGAUGCAGCCUGUGCUGCAGCCUGUGACAGACCCAUCUGCCAGGCUGGCAGGAGCCAUCAGAUCUUCCCAGGAAGGGGCAGUAUUUAUCUGAAAUUCUAAUUGAAUUGGCUCAUGAAACGAUCACGUGUAGGGAAUGACAGUGUGGGAAAGAAUCUAUUUUUGCUCUAAACACAGUAAUGUUUCCUUUGAUC